AUGAAGGAAGGGAACCAACCACUAUUGUCAUUGACAAUAGCUGGUGUUUCCAGUCCUCAUGCAAGUUCAGUCGGUUCUCCACCUUCGAUCUCAUCUUAUCCUGCGCCAGCGCCGCUUUCGGACUUCCUCGAACGAGUGUUUGAAUCGCCAUAUCCGACUGCGCAAGGAAUAUCCAGCUAUCUUGAUAUCGAAGACAUAAUCAAUCUCCGGAAUACUUGCAAACUACAUCAAACAAAUAUUCAAGAUAAGGGCAGGUGGGCCUGGCUACUCAAUCGCCUAUCAACCCGAAAAGUUGACUACCCUAAUCCCGAUCCCAGAAUACGAAGAUUAUCGUUAGGGGUACCACCGAGUUCGCGAGAAGGCUAUGUUGGGGGUCGAGAAUUCGUCAUCAUUGAUGUUUCCGCUGGAGACCGCGAUUUCCUAAAGCUAAAUUCGAGCUUGUACAACAUUGGCGCAUUCGAAACUCUUACCUCCUUAAUCCUCGAUGGCACAAACAUCGACGCCGGCGAUGUCGGUCACCUCCUGAGGAAGCUCCAAAAUAUAACCACCCUUUCACUUCGACACUGCUGGAAUGUCAAUCUCCAGCUUCUUUAUAAACUUUUUAAAAAGACAUCGGAAGCACAUAUAGAGGAAGUCAAUUAUUUCAAUGGCGUAAAUCAGGAACGCUCCAAAUCAAAAAGUCCAGCAGAGCAGAUCCAACGACUACGAAUAUGGGACAUAGACGGGAUUCAAGUACUACUCGACGAAAGUCCAGAGAAUGGACACCGACUAGUUAGCCAGAUUGGUGUCCAGUUCUUCAUAAGGAAUUUUGAGACAGAUGUCGGAAAAUGUGAAAGCACCCACCAUUCGAUAUUCAUGCUAUGCAUUGGAGAAAAGGUACAAUGUGGUAGUUGCAAAAAGUACUUACAGAUUGAGAUCUGUCCGAAGUGCCGGUUUGAGUCGUCUUGUGAGAUUUGUGAGACCUAUCUCUGCGUAGAUUGUGUCAAAGAUAGCAAGAUUUCAAAAUCUCCACGUCCGGGUAAGUUUAUUCAAUCUUCCUAUGUUCCCAUGACCAAAGAAACCAGUGCUAACAAAGAACCAAGCAACUUCAACCCCGGCUCGGAUCCCAUCUGA